AUGGCCGUAAAUAACGCGAUGGAAGUUACAAGCCGCCGGUCGGACGAAUACUUUACCGGACUUCGAUCUGUCAUCGACGUGCUAGAUUUAGCAGUCGAUCGGAGGAUACAGGCGCCAUUACCCGCUACACUUCAUGAUGGACUCGGAAAACGGUUCAGGUCAUCUCCCGAGAUUGAUUUGGAUUCACCCGUGCACUGCAACAAGAUGGCCGUUUCGGCGAUUGCAUCAUCCACCGGAGAACAAAAUAGUUGUGCCCUAUGCACUAUCGACGCGUUGGACCUGGCCGUUGACGGUCGAAGGAUAUCCGUGGCUGCCGGACUGCCGAGUUUGCGCCGGGGACCCUUCCGGUCGUGCCCGGAGAUGACAGUGGAAUCGCCACUGUACGGCGAAUCGAAGACAAUCGAACCUCUCGUUGGAAGUCUCGAAGUCUCGCCGGAUGAACUCCCGCAGACACCUGCUCAGCCGCGACGAAUAUCCACGUGGAAUAGGUCCAGGACCGAACUUCGAUCCGUCAUCAACGUGCUAGAUUUAGCCGUCGAUCGGAGAAUCACGGCGCCAUUACCCGCAUCACGUCAUGAUGGGUUCGAAAAAUUGUUCAGGUCAUCUCCCGAGAUUGAUUUGGAUUCACCCGUGCACUGCAACAAGAUGGCCGUUUCGGCGAUUGCAUCAUCCACCGGAGAACAAAGUAGUUGUGCCCUAUGCACUAUCGACGCGUUGGACCUGGCCGUUGACGGUCGAAGGAUAUCCGUGGCUGCCGGACUGCCGAGUUUGCGCCGGGGACCCUUCCGGUCGUGCCCGGAGAUGACAGUGGAAUCGCCACUGUACGGAGAAUCGAAGACAAUCGAACCUCUCGUUGGAAGUCUCGAAGUCUCGCCGGAUGAACUCCCGCAGACACCUGCACAGCCACGGCGAAAAUCUGCGUGGAAGAGGUCCAGACAAUUCGUCGUAAGAUGUCUGGUGAACGCGGCUCGCAGAAUAUGUUUCUGCGAAAGCUUUGUCGACAUCGAAUGA